UCUUAGUAGCAAAUAUAAACAAUAAAUGGUAGGAUAACUAACGAAAAUUGAUUCAGUUAACCGCCAGAUAAGCCCGAGUUUAUCACUGGCAGUGGUCACAGUUCAUACGGGAUUGUCUUUCAAGCUUUAGGCUUUCAAUAAAUAGAAAAUGCGUGACAAAAAUCAAGAAAUGUCAAGAAAUUUAGUGCUUUCCGUGUUUACACUUUCUGGAUUCUUUGUGCUUGGUCUUGUGUGUUUCUACAAUACUUAUAAUAUUUAUUUACUUGAACAGGAGUUGUUAGCAUUAAAAGUGGAACGUGCUAUAUAUAAAAGUCCUUCAUUAGUGGAAGGUCUUCAUUCUAUGCAGUCAGAUGAAAUCCAAGUCGCUCACAAUUUAUCGACUCAAUCAACGACUAGGAAAAAGCGAAAUAUUCAAUCCACAGGAAUGGGCAGAUCCAAACCUCUACCCUCAAUUCACUUAAAUGGCGAUACCUCUAAUUAUAUCUUAGGAACCCAUACUAACUUUAAUGGAAAUGGUCAUCUUAGACAUUUACAUGAGGUUUUUGUCGACUGGAGACUUAGCCAUUGGGUGGAGAAAACUGAUAUGCUUUCCCAUUUUGGUUACCAUUCUGGAUAUUUAACCAUAAAGGAGCCGGGACUAUAUUUGGUAUAUGCACAGAUAUACUAUUUAGAUGUGCAUGAUCAGAAUGGAUACAAAGUCUUCAAGAACAGUGAAGGAAUUCUUCAAUGUACUGUCCAAAUCCAUUCACGAAACCAGAAGUUAAAAGGCAAUACUUGCUUUACUAUGGGAGUGGAACACAUGUCAAGAGGAGACAGAAUCAGCAUUAAAGAUAUUACACAGGAUCACUACUCCUGCUUUCAACCAGGAAAGUCAUUCUUUGGUGCUGUUAAAUUAGGAGAUUUUGAAAUUGAAAGUAAUAGAGAGUUCUAGUCUUAAGAUAUGUAUUUUAUAAGUAUUUAUUGUUAAUUGAUCAUUAGAUAUAGCAUUUAGAAAAAUCAGUUAUUGUGGCUAGUAUUUAGUGACAUUCGGUGAGCAGAAGCCUGCCUAAAAUAGAAUUUCUAGAUAAUAUAUUAUUAUAUUCUCAUGCUACAUAGUGCUACAAUUUUUUCUUUUUUGGUAUACUUGUCAAGUCGAUAAUACAAGAAAUUUAAAAUAGGUUGGUUUAUACGAUGUCAUAAUAAUUUUGUAAUAAAACAUAUAAAGCACA